GGCCAGCCCCCCACCCCCAUCCCACACGGCCGAGGGGUCAGGCCAGACGCCCCGUGGCGUUCUCAGGCCAGGGAGUGGACACGGAGGGCUCCUGUGCCGGCCUCUGGGCAGCCGGCCCGAGGAGGGCAGCGGGCAGGGCGCUGGGCAGUGUGACCUGAGUUCCGCCCGGAGCGGGCUGGGGCGUGGCCAGCAUUCGGGGCUGCGUCUAGGGCUGGCCCGCCGGGGUGCUGGGGCUCUGAGCUCGCACACCUCGGCCGGCUGCCACCUGCUCACUGUUUGCAGCGACGACGCCUACGCCUCCCUGGGGGCGUCUCCGCAGCGGCCGCCGGCCCCCUGGGCCAUGCAGGAGCGGGGCCAGGGGCGCACGGUGAGCCAGGCCAGCAGUUCAUUGAUGACUUGAACAAAUGGGCCCUGUUUCUGGUUUCUCCUUUUAUACUGGAGGCAGAACACAUAGCGUUUGUGACCGAGAGCAUUUGGGUCCGAGGUGAGAGCUUACAGAGGCCGCCUUCCUCUGCUGAAACUGUUGUCAAGUGGUCGGACUGUUGCUUGCCGUUGGCCUGCAGACCCGGGGAGCCUUAUCGGCUGAUAGCUGAAGCGAGCGUGGACGACUUCAGCAAGCUGGGGGUGGCGUUCAUGGAGGACAGACUGCAGAUGGACAAUGGGCUGGUGCCCCAGAAGAUCGUUUCCGUGCACUUGAAGGACUCCACUCUGGAGGAACUUAAGGAUCAGGCCUUAAACAACCAAACCCCAAUCCCGCAGCCGAACCCCGAACCAUCUCCUGAGACGGAGCCUGCGCAGGGAGUUAUGGAGCACGUUGGCAAAAGUGACUCGAAGGAUCCUGGUGAGGGCUCCUCCACGCCGAGGAGGGGCAGUGCCCCCGGGAGUGAGCCCGCCUCCGAGGGGAGUGAGCAGGGCGGGGGCUCCCCCGAGCAUCACCACCUCCACCUGUCUAGUUGCCACGAGUGCCUGGAACUCGAGGGCAGCACCAUUGAGUUGAUCAAGUUUGCUUCUGCAGAGAACAUUCCGGAUCUUCCCUACGAUCACAGCAGCAAUGUGCAGGGCACUGCUGAUGAGAGCUACCCCGAAAGAGAAGAAAGGAGGGUCAACGUGACGGGCAAGGCUCCGAACAUCUUACUCUACCUGGGCUCCGACUCCCAGGAAGCCCUGGGCCGGCUCCAGCAGGUGCGCUCCGUUCUGGCCGACUGUGUGGAUACUGACAGUUACACCCUCUACCACCUGCUGGAGGAGAGCGCCCGCAGGGACCCGUGGCCAGACAACUGUCUCUUGUUGGUCCUUGCCACCCAGGAGGCCAUUCCCAAGGACCUGCACCAGAAGUUCAUGGCCUAUCUUUCUCAGGGAGGGAAGAUAUUGGGGCUGUCUUCGCCUUUCACGUUCGGUGGCUUCCAGGUGACGAGCAAGGACGCGCUGCAGAAGACCGUCCAGAGCUUGGUGUUCUCCAAGGCUGAUGGCAGGGAAGUGAGGCUGCGCGCGCUGAGCAGCGGCUGCGUCUAUGAGGACAGCACCGGAGAGCGGCUGAGUCCCGGCAGGCUGCAGGGCCGCCUGGAGGGCGCGGACCAGGACAGGAUGAUUGUGCAAGUGCCUUUUGGAACCUGUGGCGGAGAAGCCGUUCUUUGCCAGGUGCACUUAGAACUACCUCCCAGCUCUUCCCUGGUGCAAACUCAAGAAGAUUUUAAUUUGCUCAAAUCAAGCAACAUGUCAAGAUACGAAGUCCUUAGGGAGAUCCUGACGACCCUCGGCCUGAGCUGUGACGUAAAGCAAGUGCCUGCCUUAACACCUGCGUACCUCCUGCCGACCACACGGGAAAUCUGGGCUCCCCUGAUGAAGUGGCUGGAGAGGCACAUGGAUCCUGAAGGAGUAAUCAAGUCCAGCAAACUGUCCCUUAAAUUCGUUUCAUCCUACACAUCUGACAUGGAAAUAACCCCGUCUUCUAUACCCGUGGUCACUGAUAUGGAGGCCUUCUCAUCAGAAAAUUUUGACUUUGAGAUCUAUCGACAAAAUCUGCAGACUCGGCAACUUGGAAAAACAAUUCUGUUUGCGGAAGUGACCCCCACGACAAUGAGUCUCCUGGACGGGUUGAUGUUUGAGAUGCCACCGGAAAUGGGUUUAAUAGCCAUCGCGGUCCGGCAAACCCAGGGCAAAGGGCGAGGACGCAAUGCUUGGCUGAGCCCCGCGGGAUGCGCCCUUUCCACGCUGCUGGUCUCCAUCCCGCUGAGGUCCCCGCUGGGACAGAGGAUCCCCUUCGUGCAGCAUCUGAUGUCGCUGGCCGUCGUGGAAGCGGUCAGGGCCAUCCCCGAGUAUCAGGAUAUCAACUUGCGAGUGAAGUGGCCCAACGAUAUUUAUUACAGCGACCUCAUGAAGAUCGGCGGAGUUCUGGUUAAUUCCACGCUUGUGGGAGAAACAUUUUAUAUACUUAUUGGCUGUGGCUUUAAUGUGACGAACAGCAACCCUACCAUAUGCAUCAAUGAUCUUGUGGCGGAAUACAACCGGCAGCACAAGGCGGACCUGAAGCCCUUAAGAGCUGACUGUCUCAUCGCGCGAGCCACGACGGCGCUGGAGCGGCUGAUCGACACGUUUCAGGACGAAGGGCCCGACGGCGUUCUUCCCCUGUAUUACAAAUACUGGGUGCACAGUGGUCAGCAGGUGCGUCUGGGAGGUGCCGAGGGGCCGGAGGUGUCCAUCGUGGGCCUGGAUGACUGUGGCUUCCUGCAGGUGCACCGGCAGGACGGGGACGUGGUGACUGUGCACCCGGACGGCAACUCCUUCGACAUGCUGCGCAACCUCAUCGUCCCCAAGCACCCGUAGCUGCAGACCGGGAACCCGGGCCUGGGCCUGGCGCCGCCACCCCACCCCGCCGGCCUGCUGCUGCCCUGCCGCUGCCCUGGCUGCCCCUCCCCUCUUCCCAGGGCUCUGGAGAAGUAACCUAGGCAGAUUUUUUCCUUUCUUCCUUUUUUCC